AUGAACGGGUGCGCGCCGGGCGCCGGGGACCGCGGCGCGGUGUGCGUGCGCGAGGCGCGGGCGCUGCCGGCCGCGCCGGCGCCGCACGACGCCGUGGGCCAGCUCAGGGCCGCCGUGGACGCGCUCAUCGGGUCCGAGGCGCCGCCGCCGGCCGCGCCCUCCGGCAUCAUCCGCAUCGAGGUGCCCAUCAGGCAGCGGGUGGACGCCAUCGAGUGGCUGCACGCGCAGACCGCGCUGCCCCGCUGCUUCUUCUCGGCCCGGGCGCCGUUGCCCGACGCGCCUGCGCUCGCCGGCACCAGCAGCUGCGGCAACGGCAACGGCAAUGGCCAUCGGCAGCAGCUGGUGAGCGUCGCGGGCGUGGGCUCGGCGGUCUUCUUCCGAGGGACGGAGCCCUUUUCUCUCGCUGAUUGGCGCGCAAUCAAGAGAUUUCUUCCAAGGGACUGUCCACUGAUCCGUGCAUAUGGCGCCAUCCGUUUCGAUGCCACGAGUGAUGCUUCAGUGGAGUGGGAGGACUAUGGCUCAUUCUACUUCAUUGUUCCUCAAGUUGAGUUCAAUGAGCUCGAGGAAAGCUCCGUCCUUGCGACGACAAUCGCUUGGGAUGACUCGCUUUCAUGGACAUGGCGGAACGCCGUGGAGGAGCUCCAAUCAACUCUGCGAAAGAUAUCGACUUGUUCUGUUCAAGGGAACAAGACCAGCCUACAAACAGCCAUAGUAAGUCUCAAUCAUGUCCCAACCAAGGCAUCUUGGGAUCUUGCAGUUACUAAAGCUCUUCAGAUGAUCAAAGGGAGGCAAAGAGAAUUGGUAAAGGUUGUACUGGCAAGGUGUAGCAGAUACAUUACUGAUACUUGCAUUGACCCUGUGGAACUGCUAGCUUGCUUGAAGGUUGAGGGCCAAAAUGCUUAUCAAUUCUGCAUACAACCACCAGAUGCUCCUGCGUUUGUUGGAAAUAGCCCAGAGCAACUAUUUCACCGGAAACACUUGAAUAUUUCCAGUGAGGCUCUAGCUGGUACUCGAGCAAGAGGAAAAACAAGGGCAGAUGACUUUCAAAUCGGUCAGGAUUUGCUUCUAAGUACCAAAGAGGAUAUCGAAUUUACUAUAGUACGGGACAGCAUAAAGAACAAGUUGGAGAUGAUCUGUGAUGAGGUGGUUGUCCAUCCCAGCAAGGCUCUGCGGAAACUUCCAAGAGUACAGCAUUUGUCAGCGCAGUUAGCUGCGAGAAUAAGGAACGAAGAUGAUGAGUUUGAGAUUCUAAAUACUCUUCAUCCGAGUCCAGCUGUUUGUGGCUUGCCAACUGAAGAGGCACGCCGAUUCAUACGAGAUCAUGAAAUUUUUGACCGUGGAAUGUAUGCCGGUCCUGUUGGUUGGUUUGGAGGAGCUGAAAGCGAGUUUGCUGUUGGGAUUAGAUCAGCGUUACUUGGAAAAGGUCACAGCACUUUAGUGUACGCCGGUGCGGGGAUUGUUGAAGGUACAAAUCCAUCUUUUGAAUGGGAUGAACUUGAUCUCAAAGCAUCUCAGUUUGCAAAGCUGUUGCGGUACCAAGAACAACAUAUUCGCUACCAAGAGGCUGAAAAUUUGGGAACAGGGCAGGCCACCAUAGUGAUAGAACAGCAGCAGCAGCAUGAGGAGGUAUCCGACGGCGACAAGCGCGACCAACCUGGCGUCGUCCCUGGCCAGGUACGCGGAGAAGGCCGAGUGGACGGUGAGCACAGCGAGAGCCGUCAGCCGGAGCCAUGGCGCGGCGCGAUCGCCAUGAGCUGCAAGGGAGGAGGAGGAAGAAGCAUCGCCAGCUCUCCUGGUGUUCUUGGAUUUCUUGGCCAUGGAUGGUGA